AUGCAGGCUUUGUAUGAAGCGCUUGAGCGGGGCAAAGUUGGCAUCUUCGAGAGCCCGACUGGAACGGGGAAGUCUCUGAGUCUGAUAUGUGGGGCGCUGAGCUGGCUAAGGGAUUUUGAGGACAGGAGGAGAAAGGAAACCGCUGCUCUGCUACAGGACGGAGAGGGGGCGCUUUCUGCAACUGCCAGCCUCUCCUCCCCUGUUCCCUGGGGGUCCUCGUCUGCAGAGCCGGACUGGGUCGCUGACUUUGUGCAGAAGAAGGCCGAGCGCGACCUGGUGUCCAAGCUGAAGGUAGACGAACUGAAAAGAAAGAAGAGGGAGGAACGGUUGGAACUGAUUAGAAACAACGUUCAACUUAAGUAUGCAAUGAAAAGAAAGAACUGUGAGGAAGAUGAGGUGUUCAAAUUGCUCCAGUUCAGUAAAGAUGGUAAGGAGGAGCUAACAGGAGAUCCUGAAGAGGAGAAGCUCAUCGUUGCAGAAUAUGAGAGUGAUGAUGAAUCAAAGACGAAGAGCAAACCCUGUGCUGACGAUGAUAAUGAAGAUGAUGACCUGGUUGAAGAACACAUCACAAAGAUCUACUACUGCAGUCGAACUCACUCCCAGCUGGCCCAAUUUGUCCAUGAGGUUCAAAAGAGCCCCUUCAGUAAGGCCACGAGCCUGGUCACACUGGGUUCUCGGCAGACUAUGUGUAUCAAUGAGGAAGUGCGUCACCUUGGCAGCAUCCAGCGCAUUAACGACCGCUGCAUGGAGAUGCAAAAGAAUAAACACGAGGUACAGCAUCAGGAGGAGGGUGGAAAACGUAAGCGGGGGCCUCAUAAGAGCGUGUGUCCCUAUGUUGGAGCUACAUCCUUGCAGCACCUGCGGGAUGAUUUGCUGGGGGCAGUCCAUGACAUAGAGCAGCUACUGACUCGGGGGAGAGAGUUACACUCCUGCCCUUACUAUGCCACACGUCUUGCCAUUCCAGCUGCACAGCUUGUGGUGCUGCCUUAUCAGAUGGUACUUCAUGAAGCCACCAGACGGGCAUCAGGGAUUCAGUUAAAAGGACAGGUUCUGAUCAUAGAUGAAGCCCACAACCUCAGCGACACGCUUUCCUGUAUACACAGCUCAGAACUCACUGGAGCACAGCUUUGUCGUGCGCACUCUCAGCUCACACAGUAUUCUGAACGCUAUAAGAGCAGGUUGAAGGCCAAGAACCUUAUGUACAUCAAGCAGAUUUUGUUUGUGGUUGAGGGGCUGGUCAGGGCUCUUGGAGGUAAAGUGGGACAGAAUCCACAGAGCCAGACUAUACAAUCAGGAACAGAAAUGCUCACCAUUAACAACUUCCUCUUCAAGGCCCAGAUUGAUAAUAUCAAUUUGUUUAAGUUGCAGAGAUACUUUGAGAAGAGCAUGGUCAGCAGAAAGCUGUGUGGUUUCAUGGAGAAGUACGCGGGAUCAGGUGCGUACAGAUUGAACAAAGAGAACCGGCGCACGGAGGGUCUUAACCGCUUCCUUCAGACGCUACAGAAUCGUCUCUCCUCUGCUCUGCUUGCAGUUUCAUCCGUGGACCAACAGGGGUCAGCAGAAGCAGAGAAGGCGCUGUCUGCCUCUCCUAUGAUGCAGGUGGAAGGUUUCUUCAUGGCUCUCACUAACAGCAACGCCGAUGGCAGGGUGGUUGUGAACAAACAAGGCACUUUGUCAGAGAGCGUUGUUAAGUUUCUGCUGCUGAACCCGGCGGUUCACUUUGCUCGGGUGUUGAGCGAGUGCCGAGCGGUCAUCAUCGCCGGAGGAACCAUGCAGCCCGUUUCCGACUUCAAACAAGAGUUGCUGCUUUCUGCCGGGGUGGGAGAGGAGCGGAUCACCGAGUUCUCCUGUGGCCAUGUAAUAGCGCCUGAGAAUAUUCUACCCAUGGUCCUGUGUAGUGGUCCAUGUGGUCAGGAGCUAGAGUUUACCUACCAGAACAGAGAUACUCCACGCAUGAUGGAUGAGAUGGGCCGUGUCCUCUCCAACCUGUGCAAUGUGGUUCCAGGUGGUGUUGUGUGCUUUUUCCCCUCCUAUGAUUACUCCAGGCGGAUCAUUUCACACUGGGAGGCCAGUGGAAUUCUUGCUCGUCUGGCUAACAAGAAGAAGAUCUUCCAGGAGCCAAAGAAGGCCAACCAGGUAGACCAGGUGCUGACUGAAUUCUCUCGAUGCAUCCAGAGGUGUGCCGUGGAUGGAAGUGGACUCUCAGGGGCGUUGCUUUUCUCUGUGGUCGGGGGAAAGAUGAGCGAGGGCAUCAAUUUCUCCGAUGACCUGGGCAGAUGCAUCGUGAUGGUGGGAAUGCCGUAUCCAAAUAUCAAAUCUCCGGAGCUGCAGGAAAAAAUGUCCUACCUGGACAAGCACCUGCCUCACGCCGGGGGGAAGAGUCCCGGCCAAGCCCUGAUCGAAAAUCUGUGCAUGAAGGCUGUCAACCAAUCUAUAGGACGAGCGAUCCGUCACCGUGGCGACUAUGCCGCCAUUGUGCUGUGUGACAGGCGUUAUUCUCGGCCUGCUACACAUUCCAAACUCCCAAACUGGAUCAGGGCUCGAACUAGCGCACAUACUACCUUCGGUCCUGCUUUUGCUGCCUUGCGAAAGUUCUUUAUAGAUAAGAAGAGCAGACAGCAGCAGACAUAGCACAACUCCCAAACGGCUCGACUGAUGCGGUUUACAGGUUGGAUAAAGUGGUACGGUCGGAGUUGGGGGAGAUGUCUGUAAAACGGUGAAACG